CUUCGCUCUUGACUACAUGACGCGGAAGUGUUUGUAAGUUUGCCUGUCGACAUAACCUUCUCCAUUCAUAUAUUUUGCAUAAGAAGUGAGGGGAAGAAAUGGCAGAUUCAGAUGGUGGAGAAAACCAAGAAAUUAGCGAUUCUGAUGCAGAUAGUUCAGAACGCCAAAAUGAUGAAAGUACUAAAGGUGAUGAAAGUAAAGCUGGCCCCAGCAGUCAAAUAUAUAAGCCUACAGGCUCCUCAGAUAUUAGAAGGCGGGGACAAGGUUUGGCUGGCUAUUUAGGGAAACUCAGUCAACAAGCUGGAGUCGGCAUUAGCACAGAUCCAGGAAAGCUGGACAUGGGAGCAGCUAUUAACAUUGCAGUGCGUAUGAAAAAGCGCAAAAACAAAACUGCCCAGCAAGAAAUGGAAAUCAAACACAAGAGAGAACUUGCAGAACAACAAGAGAUUAUUCAAAAACUGGGGUUAAGCUGGACAGCAGUAGUGACACUGAAAUUAUGCAUACGAAGAUGGAGGGCCAGAAUGCAUGCCAGUUUCAACUCUCCUGAAGCUUACGCUAAGACCAGAGAAGAUUUAGAAUUUAUAAAGAAGCACACCAAGGAUUUUGCAACUGAACUUCCUGUGCCUCUUCAAAAUGCAAUCUUUUUUGAAGUGUUUCCAUGCAUUCAGCACACUGUUAAAGAAUACAAAUGGACUAUGGGUAAAAAUUAUAAUCUGACAAUGCAGGCUCAAAAAAGGCUAGAGGAGCUUACUGCAGAGGCCCAUGAAAGAGCCACCAUGUAAACCUGUUGGGAAUGCAUGGCAUAGUUAUUUAAAUACCAACUAUUGGAAUCAAUGUUAUAUUGGAAGAAUAAAAGGUUAUGAUGGGCUGCAUUGAGGAACUGUUGAAAACACUGGAAUUAAAAAAAGUAUGAAAAGUUUGAAACUAGAGGAAGAAUGCAGAAGGAAAUCA